UCUUCUGUAAAAUCGCUUCUUUAUGUUACUACCUCCCCACCUCCCAUUUGGUAAUGUGAAAGAAGAGGGUGAAAAAUGCUCUCUUUGGAAAUUGAUUGGAUUUCUCGUGUUGGGUUUUCAUCGACAUGGCAGGUUCGUUUUCGGGUAUGUGUACCCAGCAUUCCAGUGUUACAAAACCAUGGCGAAGAACACCGAGGUGGCGAAGAAUGGGGAGCAGACCAAGGAACUCAGGCAGUGGUGUCAAUAUUGGAUCAUUGUGACGAUGUUCACCGUCCUGGAAAGGUUUGCCGACGUCUUGAUCUCAUGGCUUCCAAUGUAUUGGGAACCACUGAAGCUGGGUUUCAUCAUCUACCUGUGGCAUCCUAAAACCGAGGGAACCGGGCAUGUGUACGAGACGCUGCAGGAUCAGUUCAUGAAGAAGCACGAGAGCAAAAUCGACGAGAAGCUGGAGGAGUGGAAGGCGAGAGCGUGGGAGUUCGCUUCUCCCUGCAGGCAAUACACCUCGGAUUUCGCGCAGAACGCCUUCGCUCGAGCCAUGCAGUACUUGGCCUCUCAGUCUAAGAUUCUCAAUUUCAAGGAGGGAAGGAGCCUCGGCUCGAUCAACCGCUCAGCGUCAAGGACGCCCAGAUCGGAAUCAGGGGAGACGAAUCCCGGCUCCCACACGGACUAGGCCGAGCAACAGGAAGUGCCGGAUCACGGAGGCGCGUCUCCAGAGGAGGACGACAAGCCCCACGGGUCCACCAGCUGCGGGCUGAGGCUCUCCCAUCACGGCCACCGUACCGCCGAUCACCAUAUCGAUUGAUCAAAUUCGACAAAAUUUCAAGAACUCUCUCUCUCUCUUUCUCUUGUGUAUAGGCACAAAGUUGGGAUACCUUUCUUUUUUCGAAAUUGAAUAACUACGGAGUCUCUUUCCUCCUAAUUCGAUUA